AUGACACAAAAUACAAAUUUAAAAGGUCUACGAAAUAAUAUUUCUUUAAUGGGAGCAAAAAAUAAACUUCUGGUUGCUAAUAGAGGUGAGAUUCCAAUCAGAAUUUUCAGAUCUGCUCAUGAAUUGUCAAUGCAAACUGUAGCCAUUUAUUCUUAUCAAGAUAAAUUGUCAAUGCAUAGAUUAAAGGCUGAUGAAGCAUAUUUGAUUGGGGAACAUGAUCCAAUUGAUAAAUAUACUCCAGUAGGUGCAUAUUUGGCUAGUGACGAAAUUAUUAAAAUUGCCAAGCUACACAAUGUAAAUUUUAUUCAUCCAGGGUAUGGGUUUUUGUCAGAAAAUUCAGAAUUUGCAAGAAAAGUAAUUGAAGCAGGUAUCACUUGGAUUGGUCCUCCUCCACAUGUUAUAGAAGCUGUUGGUGAUAAAGUUGCUGCCAGAGAUCUAGCCAAGAAAUGUAAUGUCCCAACAGUUCCAGGUACUGAAGGCCCAAUUGUAAAUGUUGAGCAAGCCAAAGAAUUUGUUGCAAAAUACGGUUACCCAGUCAUAAUUAAGGCAGCUUAUGGUGGUGGUGGUAAAGGUAUGCGGGUGGUCCGUGAUGGAGAAGAUAUUGCAGAUGCAUUCCAACGUGCUACUUCAGAAGCUUUUACUGCUUUUGGGAAUGGCACUUGUUUUAUUGAAAGAUUUUUGGUAAAUCCCAAACAUAUAGAAGUUCAAUUAUUGGCUGAUAUGCACGGGAAUGUGGUUCAUUUAUUUGAAAGAGAUUGUUCAGUGCAAAGAAGACAUCAAAAAUUGGUUGAAGUGGCGCCAGCAAAAACAUUAGACGUUAACGUAAGAAAUUCCAUCUUAACCGAUGCAAUCAAAUUAGCUAAAUCUUGUGAGUAUCAGAAUGCAGGUACUGCGGAAUUUUUAGUUGAUGAGCAAGGUAGACACUAUUUCAUUGAAAUAAAUCCAAGAAUUCAAGUAGAGCAUACUAUCACUGAAGAAAUUACGGGUAUUGAUAUUGUUGCAGCUCAAAUCCAAAUUGCAGCAGGUGCAUCAUUAGCAGAUUUAGGCCUUUUACAAAAUAGAAUUACUACAAGAGGGUUUUCUAUUCAAUGCCGUAUCACCACUGAAGAUCCAACUAAAGAUUUUCUACCAGAUACAGGUAGAUUGGAAGUGUAUCGUUCAGCUGGUGGUAAUGGUGUCAGACUUGAUGGUGGUAACGCAUUUGCAGGUGCUAUUAUUUCUCCUUAUUAUGAUUCAAUGCUAGUUAAAUGCACAUGCUCCGGCUCCACUUAUGAAAUAGUUCGUAGAAAAAUGUUGCGUGCUUUGAUUGAAUUUAGAAUCAGAGGUGUUAAGACCAAUAUUCCUUUCUUAUUAACAUUAUUAACUCAUCCAGUUUUCAUAAGCGGUGAUUAUUGGACAACAUUUAUAGAUGAUACUCCACAAUUGUUCCAAAUGGUUUCUUCACAAAAUAGGGCUCAAAAAUUGUUACAAUUUUUAGCAGAUUUGGCUGUAAAUGGACCAUCAACAAAAGGCCAAAUGGGUUUACCAAAGUUAAAAUCACAUCCUACUAUUCCAAAAUUACAUGAUCGAAAUAACGGUAACGCUGCUAUUAAUGUUAAACAAACCGAACCACCUGCAGGUUGGAGACAAGUAUUAUUAAAAUAUGGUCCAAAAGAAUUUGCAAAAAGAGUUCGUAAUUUCAAUGGUACUUUGAUUAUGGAUACAACUUGGCGAGAUGCUCAUCAAUCUUUAUUAGCAACAAGAGUGAGAACAUAUGACUUGGAAGCUAUUGCUCCAACUACAGCACAUGCCCUUUCAGGCGCCUUUGCUUUAGAAUGUUGGGGUGGGGCCACUUUUGAUGUUGCAAUGAGAUUUUUACAUGAAGAUCCAUGGGAUCGUCUAAGAAAAUUAAGAAAAUUAGUUCCUAAUAUCCCAUUCCAAAUGCUACUACGUGGCGCAAAUGGUGUUGCUUAUUCUUCUUUACCAGAUAAUGUUAUUGAACAUUUUGUUAAGCAAGCUAAAGACAACGGUAUUGAUAUAUUCAGAGUUUUUGAUUCAUUGAAUGAUUUAGAACAAUUGGAGGUUGGUAUUAAGGCAGUUAAGAAAGCAGGAGGUGUAGUAGAAGCAACCAUUUGCUAUUCUGGUGACAUGCUACAGCCAGGUAAAAAAUAUAAUAUAGAUUAUUAUUUGGAAAUCUCUGAAAAAGUUGUAAAGAUGGGUACUCAUUUCUUAGGUAUAAAAGAUAUGGCAGGGACAUUGAAGCCAGCAGCUGCAAAACUUUUGAUUGGUUCUUUGAGAGCUAAAUAUCCUCAUUUGCCAAUUCAUGUUCAUUCACAUGACUCUGCAGGUACUGCAGUUACAUCUAUGACUGCUUGUGCCCUUCAUGGUGCAGACAUUGUUGAUGUGGCUACAAAUUCCAUGUCUGGUUUAACAUCUCAAGGUUCUUUAAAUGCAUUCUUAGCCUCCUUAGAUGGUGAAAUUGAAACAAAUAUAAAUGCACACUAUGCAACUGAGUUAGAUGCUUAUUGGGCAGAAGUUCGACUUUUAUAUUCAUGUUUUGAAGCUGAUUUGAAAGGUCCAGACCCAGAAGUUUAUGAACAUGAGAUUCCAGGUGGACAGUUAACUAAUUUAUUGUUCCAAGCUCAACAAUUAGGUUUGGGUGAAAGAUGGGUUGAAACAAAACGUGCUUAUAAAGAAGCUAACUACUUGUUAGGUGAUAUUGUCAAGGUUACUCCAACUUCAAAAGUUGUUGGUGAUUUAGCUCAGUUUAUGGUAACAAAUAGAUUAUCUGCAGAUGAUGUUAGAAGAUUAGCAAAUUCAUUAGAUCUGCCUGAUUCUGUCAUGGAUUUCUUCCAAGGCAAGAUUGGUAAACCAUAUGGUGGUUUUCCAGAACCUUUGAGAACAGAAGUUUUAAGAAACAAAAGAAGAAAACUAAAUUCCAGACCAGGUGCAGAUACAGCUGCAUAUGAUCUACUUAAAGUUAAAAGAGAUCUACAAGGAAAAUAUGGUUCCGAGAUAACUGAUUGUGAUGUUGCAUCUUACAAUAUGUAUCCAAAAGUUUAUGAAGAUUUUCAGAAAGUAAAGGAAAAGUAUGGUGAUCUAUCAGUUAUUCCAACUAAAAAUUUCUUAGCUCCCCCUGUAAUUGGUGAAGAAAUUGAAGUUAUUAUUGAACAAGGUAAAACUUUGAUUAUCAAAUAUCAAGCAUUGAGUGAUAUUAACAAAGAAACUGGCACUAGAGAAGCAUAUUUCGAAUUAAAUGGUGAAUUAAGAAAAAUUCCAGUAAUUGAUAGAUCACAAAAAGCUGUCGCUAUCUCCAAACCAAAAUGCGAUGACCGUAAUCCAGCUCAUAUUGGAGCACCAAUGUCUGGUGUAAUAGUUGAAAUUAAAGUUGAUAAAGAUUCAAAAAUCAAGAAAGGUGAUCCUGUUGCUGUUUUAAGUGCCAUGAAAAUGGAAAUGAUUAUUUCUUCCCCAUCAGAUGGUAGUAUACAAGAUAUUUUAGUUAACGACGGUGAAACAGUUGAAGUUUCUGAUUUAUUAUUCAUUUUAAAGCCUGAAGCUCCAAAUUUAUGA